AUGCGAGUUCGUGGAGCACCAGCCAUUGCAAUUGUUGCAAGCUUGUCUCUCGCCGUAGAGCUGCAAAAUAAUUACUGCAUCGCCUCUACGCCACAGGACACAAUUGCACACAUUGAUUCUCGUCUUGACUAUUUAAAAAAGAGCCGUCCAACCGCGGUGGAUCUCUUUAAUGCUAUCGCCAAUUUGAAGACAGCCGUACGCGAAGUGCCGGUGUCGGCCCUUGAAGACUCUGCGGCCAAGGCACUCAUCAUUGAGACGUACAUCAGGACUGCCGAGCACAUUCUCGAAAAGGACCUCAAGACAAACCUGGCCAUCGGAAAUUUCGGUGCUGACUGGCUGCAGCAGCAGUCAGGGGCUUCGGAUGACCGGCAGAUAUCUGUGCUGACACACUGUAACACGGGAUCGCUAGCCACCUCCGGCCACGGUACGGCACUCGGAAUCAUCCGCUCGUUGCAUGAACGAGGGCUGUUGCAACAUGCGUAUUGCACAGAAACACGACCGUACAACCAAGGCAGUCGUUUGACAGCUUUCGAGCUUGUUUUUGAACACAUACCGAGUACUCUUCUGACCGACUCGAUGGCUGGUGCCCUCUUUGCUCUUGAAAAGGAACACAUGAACAUCAGCGCUGUGAUCGUCGGUGCUGAUCGAGUUGUGCGUAAUGGCGACACGGCAAACAAAAUAGGCACCUACUCGCUUGCUGUUUUGGCGCGCUUUCAUGGCAUAAAAUUCAUUGUCGCGGCGCCGACAACUAGCAUCGACCUUAAGACAGAAACCGGAAAGUUUAUCAAGAUUGAGCAGCGAAAGAAAGAAGAACUCUCACAAAUAUCCGGUCCAGUAGUACUCCCUGAUGGAUCAGUUGAUGUGAACCAGAACGCCAGGGUGGCUAUUGCUGACCAGCAUAUCAAUGCGUGGAAUCCGGCGUUCGACGUCACCCCGUUCGCACUUAUUGACGUUAUUGUUACCGAAAAGGGCUCGAUAACGAAGAAUUCUGAUGGCAAUUUUGAUUUGACCCGUAUAUAG